AUGACCUGGUCGUUAGUGUCGCUAGGCGCCGUGUUGUUGAUUGACAUAUUGGUAUCAAAGCGUAUUCAGAACCACUUUCGCCUCAGACACAUACCUGGUCCAUUCUGGACAGGGUGGACAGACUUGUGGCUGAUUCGUCGGCAGUUGGGUGGUGAACUCAACUUUGAACUGUACGACGUUAAUAAAAAAUAUGGACCUCUCGCCCGUAUUGGCCCAAAUUGGGUCGUGUGUAGCGACCCCAACGAACUUCGCCGUAUCUGGUCCGUUCAUUCUGACUACAAGAGGGCAUAUUGGUACCGGGGCUUGCGCGUGGAUCCAUACCGAGACAGCACAUUUUCUACCUUGGACGAAUGCGUACACGACGACCUGCGUACGAAGCUUUUGCCCGGCUACGGCGGGAAAGACGUCGACAACCUCCAUGAUAUUAAUGAUGAGCAGGUUCUGGGCCUCGUUCGCCUACUUGAGAGCAAGUACCUGUCAGUGGAUGGAAGGAGAGACGAAACUAUCAUCGAAAAGGGUGGGACGGAGAAGUCUCGCUAUGUCACAGUUGACCUUGCUCGCAAGAUACAGUUCUUUACUCUGGAUGUGAUCUCGUCGUUGGCAUUUGGACGCAGCUUCGACUACCUUAAGGCUGAUGCAGACACAUUCGGGUAUAUCCACACCACCGAGUCUACUAUGCCCAUACUGAUGACGACUGCGCUGGUUCCAGGGCUUGUCGACCUCAUGCAGACGCAAUGGCUACGAAGAAUCAUGCCUGAUAUCCGGAAGAUGGUUGGUAUUGGAACUGUUAUGAACCUGGCACACGACGCCGUCAGCGAACGCUACGCGAGCCCGCCUGUGGUCAAACGAGACAUGCUCGGCUCAUUUAUUUCCCAUGGGCUCUCUCAGGCUGACGCUGAGGGCGAGGCUGUUGUGCAGAUCAUUGCUGGCUCUGACACCUCGGCCACUGCUAUCCGAUCUACUUUUCUCUUCCUGAUAUCCAGCCCCCAUGCAUACACACGCUUACAACGCGAGAUUGAUGCAGGCGUUAUUGCCGGUCGCAUUUCUUCGCCCAUCAUCGAUGCCGAGGCCCGGGCUUUCCCAUACCUUCAGGCCGUUAUCCGUGAGGGUCUACGCAUGUGGCCGCCUGCAACCGGAUUGCUUCCCAAAGUUUCUGACCAUGACGACAUCAUAUGCGGCCACCACAUUCCUUCCGGCACUUGUGUCGCCUGGGCCGUGUGGUCUGUCAUGCGCGACCGCUCCAUUUUCGGUGAAGAUGCAGAAAUUUUUUGUCCCGAACGCUGGCUGAAUAUCUCCCCUGAAAAGUACCGACUCAUGGACCAGACCCUGAUGCUGGACUUUGCCGGUGGUAGUCGUUACGAAUGCUUGGGAAAGAACGUCGCUCUGAUCGAGCUAAACAAGGUCUACGUAGAGGUGGGUCAUAGCUUCUUUUUGUCUAUUGCGUACGAGGCGAUGCUAUUUCCAGCGUAG